AUGUCUGCGCCUACAAAAUCUCUCCCAGCCGAACUAUGGCUGAAUAUUUUUGAUCAACUAAGCGAUGGAAAGCAGCUAGCACAAUGCCGCUUGGUAUGUAGAUCUUGGAGACCCUUUGUUGAAAAGGUCAUGUACAAAGUGGUGGAUCUGACUGGUAUGCACGGCACCCAAGUUGCAGAGCUAAGUGAGCAGCUAGCCAUGAGACCCGAGCUAGGGCGCUUGGUCCAAAAGAUCUGCUUCUGUGGGGACGUGAAGAAGAAGCUUUCACUUUACAAAAUCUUGCGGUCCACUCCCAAUCUGAAGAUUAUUGAUGGAAAAUCAUGGGAUGAGUCGUUGGUGGGCGAAGUUCUUUCAAAGCCUGAAUGCUCAGCUCUCAAACUUAAACAGCUACCGUGUAUCAAUGGAUUCAGCAUACCAUCAUUAAAGUCUUUACUUUGCUUCAAAGAAACACUACAGUCAACAGCGUUUAAAUUCACUCUUUUCACUAGCUCCAAUUGCCAUACCCUUCUUGGCGACUCUCUGCAUCAAUUUAAACAUUUACAACAAUUGUCGAUAGAUGACCAGUUUUUCUUUGGAAGCUUACGUGAUUUGGAUCGUCUGUUAAGGAAUUGUAAUCAAAUUCAAGAUUUGCGAUUGUUUAUACAACAACAUCCCGAGUAUAAUCACAUAGGCAAAGCAGAAUUGGAGCAAUGGUUGACAAACAGUAUUCAGAGGGUCGGAACAGUAAAGUCACUGGAGAUCGAUUUUCAAGACGACUCGCUAGAGGAUGAAGAGAGUCAACCGUAUGGCUUUGGCCCAGACUGGAUGGAUUAUCUAGCAUACAAAUACCCAAAUGUGACACGAUUGACAGUUUGUAGCGAUGAAUACAACCGCCAACAUAUCAUACUGCCAAAAUUUACGCACUUGGAAACAUUUGUUCUAGAAAAAUGGAGGUUCUACGACUUGGAUGUCUUGAAAAAUUUUAUCGACAUGCUAACAACAAAAAGCGUAUACAUCGAGUGCAAAGUGAAUUACGAAAUUCACCACGGCGACCCUUACAUCUGUUUGAUGAGUGCGAUAAAAAAGAGACAAGAUGAUUCCACAGCGUUCUCGUUCCAGCUUCCUUGCGAUGACAGCAUAGCAGAAAAUAGUAUUUCAGUAAUGUCUUUGUUUUCAUCACGACUCAUCAAGAAGUUUGACAUGAAUUUGUCUGAAAGCGAACAUCUGGAGCCAGUUUGCGCCUCGAUGAAGUGCAAUCUGAAUGUCGAGUCCUGUACAAUCACCACCGAAGACAUGGUUUUAGACGAGUAUCCACAGCAGCCAAUCUUUACAGUGUUAUAUAGAUUAGAAAUUGUUGAUACCAACUUCAAACACGAUUUCAUGACACUGUUGAACAUGUAUGCCCCGUAUUUAAGACAUCUGAAACUCGUAAAUUGUACUUUUGUAGAUGAAAUGCUCAUGCCCUCCAUUCAACUCGCUUCUUUGGCAUUGCAUAAAAAUGAAUCAGGCAAAGAUCAUCUGGAAAACAAGGACUACACAAGCUUACUCUUCAGAAUAUCUACAACCAAAUGCCCUGAACAAAUUUUUCUUGCAUUACCACGUAAACCGCUACAACGAGUGACUAGAGAGGAGGCCAAAUUGUCAAAGAAACCUACCAUCUAUAUUGAAUGUGGGUCUUUGAAGCAUCUCAGCGUAAAUCUAGCAGACUUUAAGUUUGAAAUGGAAUUUGACGACGACACCAACCUUAUCAAAUCAGUUGACUCUGGCAUUGAAGACUCAUAUUAA